AUGGAUGAGGAAGACCCCGGACUUCAGUUCUUCCCUGACGGCAACGUCGAUCUCUAUGGCACACUCGGAGUAGCCAAACAAGCAAGACCAGAGGAGAUUAAGAAGGCGUACAAGAAGCUUGCGCUCAAGUUCCACCCAGACAAGGUGCUCUCCAAUUCUGCACCAGGAGGAGCCGAAGAUGCUAUCCAGCAGUUUCAGAAGAUCGGCUUCGCUUAUGCUGUACUCUCUGACGAGGUACGACGCCGCAAAUUCGACAACACAGGCUCGACAAAGGAGUUAAUGUUCGGCGAAGGAGAUGCCGAUUUUGACUGGAACGAGUACUUCAAGGAACUCUGGACUGGUGAGGUCUCUCGUCAGACGUUGGAUGAGUUCAAGAAGAAAUAUCAGAACUCGGACGAAGAGAAGCAGGACAUUUUGGAAGCAUACGAAGAGACAGAUGGCGACCUCGAAGGCAUCUUUGAGCGCGUACCAUGCUGCGAGUUCCUCACAGAUGAAAACAGGUUCAUCACCAUCAUCGACGACGCUGUCAAGGGAGGCGAGAUCAAGGAGACAUCCAGGUGGAGGCGCAGUAAAAAGGACGAAUCUGGUCGAGAGGCUUUGCGACAGAAGGCGGAAGGCGAGGCUGCUGAGGCCGAGAAGCUUGCAAAGGCGCUUGGUGUUUGGGACGACCUCUUCGGCUCAGGAAAGGGCAAAGGAAAGCCCGCGAAAGGAUCCAAGUCGAAAGCUAAGGGCAAGGAUGGGGCAAAGGGUGAAGGCUCGAAAUCGAAAGCUAAGGCGGACGACGAUGACGAUCUGGCGGGUCUCGCUGCUCUCAUUCAGCGGCAAAAUCAGAACCGUGGUACACAAUUCGACGAGAUGAUUGCAAAGAUGGAAGCCAAAGCCGGUGUCAAGGGCAAGGGUCCGACUGACGAAGAGUUUGACCGCAUUCAGGCAGAGAUGAUGGCUCGCAAGAAUGGCAAAGAGAACGGCGGUGGGAAGCGCGCAGCAUCUGCUGGUGCUGCUGCCGCUUCGUCCAAGAAGAAGAGCAGGAAGUAG